AUGUCGUCAGAAGAGCCGGUGGCAGUGGCCAAACAGGAUGAAACAAAAGAAAUUAAGGAUAAAGAAACCAAAAAUCCUAACACUUCGUUCAUUCACAAAUUGUACGCAAUGUUGGAAGACCACAACCUUGAUCACCUUAUAUGGUGGCAUUCGAACCAGACGUCUUUCUAUGUUCUUCCUUCCGAAGAGUUUACAAGAGUAUUAAGCAAUUAUUUCAAACAUGCAAAUAUUGCUUCGUUUAUACGGCAGCUGAACAUGUACGGGUUUCAUAAAGUGAACGAUAACUUUAACAACGAGACGCUAACCACAACACCACCUCCGUCAGACCAGACGGGCUCUAGAAAAGGCUCUAACUCGUCGAACAAUUCAUCAUAUGUCUGGGAAUUCAAACACUCAUCUGGCUGGUUCAGACAAGGAAACAUCGAGGGUCUAACUCAGAUCAAGCGACGCUCGUUCAAAAAUAUUACCUCACAAAAGGAAGUUCACAGUUUGAAGCUUCCCCAGACGGAGGGAAUGAAAGACGCCCAAAAUUACGUGCCAUAUAGGUACCAUCCAAGUAGUCCGGGAGAUCUGAACGACGCAACGAUGCAAGAAGAAAUGGAUAUGAAAGCUAGACUUACCAACUCUUAUGUGCAACAGCAGAUGAGUACGACGAUGCCACCCAAGGAAUUAAAUUACCUAGAGCUCACCGGUCAGUAUCACGAUUUACUUAGAGCUUACGACGCUUUGACAUAUCGCUAUAAAAUUGUGAAAGAAGACUUAACAAAAACAAACUAUGAUUGUGUUUCGCUUCUGGACGUUCUUAAGGAUGUCGUUGGGCUGAUACCCAAAGAACCGGCUAACGAAAUGAUGACUACAAAAUUGCUCUCGGAGUUGGAAAAGUUCAAGACCAACGUUCUUCAACGGUGCGCCGCGCGAGACAUGGCUUUCAAACAAGUGACAAAUGGCCUCGGACACUAUGGCGAGGGCGGCUCAAUCUUCUCGGACAGCCACGGAUCUCUUGCUGUUCCGGUUCACACCCCUCAUACGUCUAUCUCUCAUAUACCCCAGCCUCCACCGCGCAACUCAUCCGCCACGUCGUCCUUCCAUCCUUAUGACCAAAGUCAACUGCCUUAUAAGGAUAUCAGAUACAGUGGAUCCUCAAACAGGCCCAGAAACUUAUCUGUAUUUGACCCAUUGCAACCUGCAACGCCUUCAAUGAUCAACACUGGUCCUCCUCCACCUCCACCGGGCGAGCAAUCGCCAGCAAUUUUAAGUCAAAUGCAUGAGAGCGACAUGUCACACCAAUCUGCGCAGCAACCUAUGCGUCGUAAUUCUCCAGCAAUAAUGCCAUUCUCGGGUUCUCCUGGUCCUGUGCGGCGGUCUUCUCCCGGGCCAGGAAACCUGCCUCCACCGCUGAUAAUGCAAACAUUAUCGGGAGUUCCUGCAGAAAGUGCUAAAACGAGAUCGUCGUCUGCCAACUCGCUGUCAUAUCUUCAAAACACUGCUCCAGCUCCUUCUGGCUCGCCAACAAGCAAUCUGAAAAGAGCAGGGUCGGUGCCAUCGCAGCCGGUGGCGGAGGAAAAACGAUCGAGUCAAACUUACUCACUGAGCAAUCCGCCAAGAUCGAUACCCUCCCAAAUGAACCAACGGUCAGUCCACGAACACCAGCAACAACAGACAGCACAGCAAAGCAGAACCAACUCCUCCAGCUCAGUGAGCGCUACAUCUGUUCCUGGUUUCCAGAACACGUCGUCAACGACUGUGUAUUCUCUCUUGAAUCCUCCAAAAGGUCGCUCAGAAGAGCACAAGAGAGAACCUGAAGUACCUGAAGAAAGCGUCAAGAGAAUCCGCACCCAAUAG